CUGUGUAGGCAGAUAUUUUUUGGGUGUAACCUCUCCAGCCUUUACUAAAAGGCUGCCAACAGGAAUAUUGCUAAAUCGUUCUUGAACAGUAGUUUCGUCAGUAAGCUGCUGGUAACUUACGGUGGGAGAGGUUAGUCCUUUCGGCGUUUAAGAGACGAAACAUCAUACUUUCCGCGAUGGUCCGGUGCCUUUUCUCGGUGUUAGCACCGUUCCUGAUCCAGUACGUACUGUUCGGAGCGAACGGUGGCUGCAGUGCUGACAGCGGGACUGACAGACAACAACUUACCAUGGGUUGGAAAAACACAACAAAGCCCUGUAUGUUGAGAGAUGGACGGACCGCUCUUGAUAUUGCAGUACCAAUCAAUUCCGCUACAGGAACACCUGUAGGUUCCGUUUUCCUGACAGGUAGACUUGACACAGACGUCACACUAGACGUGACGUACACGGACAGGGGGAACGUGAAGAAGAAAUACCUGGACUUGAACGUGACGUCAGAACACCGGGCUGUCCUGGUACUGUCGGAGACGGGAGCUGAGGAAGUAAAAAUAAACCGACUAAACAACACUAUGGCGAUCCUCAGAUGUAAGGUGGAAAGUACUGGUCAGAUGGUAGAAUAUCCGAUCACUCUGUCUGUUCAGGCCAAUCCCACGAAGUUUUUCUCCGUCUCCAAGAAAUCUAUCUGCGUGUGUCGGUUGAAAUGGUAG